UUAGCUGGGAGAGCUGGGUAGGGCUAGCUCUUCCAGCGUUGCUCCCAGGACGCUAGGCAGACUGUGGUCGCUACUGCCUCUCCCCGAGCAGGUUUGGCCUUGCGCGGCCAGCAGCCCGGGCAAUGUAAGCCGGAGCCCACGGGCGCGGCCAGACCGCUGCCAUGUGGCUCAAGCCCGAGGAGGUGCUGCUGAAAAACGCCCUGAAGCUUUGGAUGACUCAGAAGAGCAGCUGCUACUUCAUCCUGCAGCAGCGCCGGGGGCACGGAGGGGGUGGCGGCCGCCUCACUGGUCGCCUGGUAGGUGCUCUGGACACAGUGCUGGAUUCCAGUGCACGGGUGGCUCCAUUUCGAAUUCUGCUUCAAGUUCCUGGGUCCCAGGUUUAUUCUCCUAUAGCAUGUGCUCCUGGAAACCACUAUUCUACUUCCCCUCUUUAUGAAUUUGACUACUUUAGGAACUCAUGUGCCACAUUAGAGGAAAUAACCCAGCACUGGGACUGGCUGGAACAGAACCUACUCCAUACCUUGUCUGUCUUCGAUAACAAAGAGGAUAUUGCUAGUUUCGUCAAAGGGAAGAUAAAGGCUCUGAUUGCAGAGGAGACAAGUAGUCGGCUGGCCGAGCAGGAAGAGGAGCCUGAGAAGUUCCGUGAGGCGUUGGUCAAGUUCGAGGCCAGGUUCAACUUCCCGGAGGCAGAGAAGCUGAUUACUUAUUACUCGUGCUGCUGCUGGAAGGGCAGGGUUCCCCGCCAAGGCUGGCUGUACCUCAGCAUCAACCAUCUCUGCUUCUAUUCCUUCUUCCUGGGCAAGGAACUUAAACUUGUAGUCCCUUGGGUUGAUAUCCAGAAAUUAGAAAAAACAUCCAACAUCUUUCUGACGGCUACUAUUCGAAUUACCACGCAUAGUAAGGAGAGGGACUUCUCCAUGUUCCUGAACCUUGAAGAGGUGUUUAGGAUCAUGGAGCAACUGGCAGACAUGACGCUGCGAAGGCUGUUGGAUAAUGAGGGCUUUGACCUGGACCCAGAUCUUCAGGAGCCAAGCCAGAUCACCAAGAGGCAUCUGGAAGCUAGAGCACAGAAUGAAUUCUUCCGGGCAUUCUUCAGGUUGCCGAGGCCAGAGAAGUUGCACACAGUCAUGGACUGUGCUCUGUGGACACCCUUCAGUCGCUGUCACACUGUUGGUCGGAUGUUCACCUCAGAUAGUUACAUCUGCUUUGCCAGCAAAGAGGAUGGCUGCUGCAACGUCAUCCUUCCACUCAGAGAGGUUGUGAGCAUUGAGAAGAUGGAAGAUACAAGUCUGCUGCCCAACCCCAUCAUCAUUAGCAUCCGCAGCAAGAUGGCCUUCCAGUUCAUUGAACUCAAGGACAGAGAUGACCUGGUGGAGAGUCUGCUCAUCCGGCUAAAGCAGGUGCAUGCUGACCACCCUGUGCAUUACAGCACCUCACAGGAUGAUGACAUGAUGUCACAUGUGUUUCAUUCAACAAGCAUGUGCAGUGGCCACAAGUUUAGGGAUCUUGAAAUGAUAUCUUCUCAAAAUAGUGAGGAAGGUGAAGAAGAACAGAGCUUGCAGCAGCACCCCCAGGCCCUGAAAGCUGUCUUGGAGCAGUCAGGCAGCCAGAGUCCCGACACUCGAAUGUCCAGAGAACAGAUAAAAUUAAGACUGUGGAAUGACCAUUUUAUGGAAUAUGGCAGAACUGUAUGUAUGUUUCGCACAGAGAAGAUCCGGAAGCUUGUGGCCAUGGGGAUCCCUGAGUCUUUGCGUGGUAGACUCUGGCUGCUCUUCUCAGAUGCUGUAACUGAUCUCGCCUCACAUCCUGGUUACUAUGGUAAUCUGGUAGAGGAGUCCAUGGGCAAAUGUUGCCUGGUGACAGAGGAGAUAGAACGGGACCUGCAUCGUUCCUUACCAGAGCACCCUGCCUUCCAAAACGAAACUGGAAUUGCUGCUUUGAGGAGAGUUCUGACGGCCUAUGCCCACCGGAACCCCAAAAUUGGGUACUGCCAGUCCAUGAACAUCCUCACCUCUGUCUUGCUGCUGUAUGCCAAGGAGGAGGAAGCCUUCUGGUUGCUAGUUGCUGUGUGUGAGCGGAUGCUUCCUGACUACUUCAAUCACCGAGUCAUUGGAGCACAAGUGGACCAGUCUGUGUUUGAGGAGCUUGUUAAGGAGCACCUGCCUGAGCUGGCGGAGCACCUGAACGACCCAUCAGCCCUGGCAUCCAUCUCGCUCUCGUGGUUCUUGACUCUGUUCCUCAGCAUUAUGCCCCUGGAGAGUGCAGUGAACAUUGUAGAUUGCUUCUUCUAUGAUGGGAUCAAAGCCAUCUUCCAGCUAGGGCUAGCUGUGUUGGAUGCCUGUGCCAAAGACCUCUGCAGCAGCAGGGAUGAUGGCCAGGCCUUGAUGGUCCUCAGCAGGUUUUUGGAUCACAUUAAGAAUGAGGACAGCCCUGGACCCCCAGUUGGCAGCCAUCACACAUUUUUCUCUGAUGACCAGGAGCCCUAUCCUGUGACUGACAUUGCUGACCUGAUCCGGGACUCCUAUGAGAAAUUUGGAGACCAGUCUGUGGAACAGAUUGAGCGCAUGCGCUAUAGGCACAGGAUCCGGGUCCUCCAAGGCCAUGAAGACACCACAAAGCAGAAUGUGCUCCGUGUUGUUAACCCAGAAGUCUCAUUUCUCCUGGAAGACCUUGAGGAACUCUAUGACUUAUUCAAGAGAGAAUAUAUGAUGAGCUGUUACUGGGAGCAGUCCAGGCCCAUGGCCUCUCGCCAUGACCCCAGCAGACCCUACGCAGAGCAGUACCGCAUAGACACCCAGCAGUUUGCACAACUGUUUCAGCUUGUCUCGCCAUGGACCUGUGGGACCCACACGGCAAUCCUCGCUGAAAGGACUUUCAGGCUUCUGGAUGACAACAUGGACAAUCUUAUUGAAUUCAGAGCAUUUGUGAGCUGUCUUGAUAUUAUGUAUAAUGGAGAAAUGAAUGAGAAAAUUAAACUAUUGUAUAAACUUCAUAUUCCUCCAGCACUCACUGAAAAUGAUCGAGACAGCCAGUCACCAUUAAAGAAUCCUCUGUUGUCAACGUCAAGACCCCUGAUUUUUGGGAAAUCAAAUGGUGAUGCAGCUGAUUAUCAGAAACAGCUAAAACAGAUGAUUAAGGAUUUAGCCAAAGAAAAAGAUGAAACUGAGACUGAAUUGCCCCAAAUGAGCCAGAGAGAAUUUAUCCAGUUCUGUAAAACUUUGUACAAUAUGUUCCGGGAAGACCCAGAAGAAAACAAUUUGUACCAAGCCAUCGCCACAGUAACCACUCUGCUGCUGCAGAUCGGGGAAGUGGGGCACGGAGGUAGCAGCUCUGGAAGCUGCUCUCAGGACAGUGGGGAGAAGCCACAGGCUUCAGUUCCUUCUCUGGAGCAGGACUCUGUAUUUGCAGACACUGACCCUGGGACAGCUUCCCAGGAUGCCCAGACAUUUCCGGAAGAGGUAGAAGGGAACUGGACAGUCUCCCUUGAGCAUAUCUUAGCUUCACUUUUGACUGAACAAUCAUUAGUAAACUUUUUUGAAAAGCCACUGGACAUUAAAUCCAAACUUGGAAAUGCCAAGAUCAAUCAGUACAGUCUCAAAACUUUUCAAAUGAGCAGCCAAUCACAUCCUGAAAUCAAGCAAGACAGCAGUUUGCCGAGACGAGUCUGCCAUAACAAAGCAAGGACCACAAAGCAAGUUUCAUGGGUUGUCAGCCCAUAAAUCCAGGUUUCAGGCUCAGAGUAUAUCCCACAAGCUGGGUAUACCCAGGUAAUCAACCUGACAGCCCCAGCUGUGGCCAGGGUAAUUUAUGUAACCCUCAAACAUUUAUUUCUAUUUAUUCUUAAAAGAAUUACCAGUCUUAUGAGAUUUGCUGAAAUGGGCAUUUGUGCUGUGAUUUUGUUCUCAGA